UUUGCAUUUAAUAAAUUAGAAUUUUCUUAAAUGGCUUACCACCCGGCAACAGAUCCCGAUGAAUCCUUUGAUUAUCUUUUCAAAAUUGUUCUCAUUGGUGAUGCUGGUGUUGGCAAAACUUGUGUUGUCCAGCGUUUCAAAUCAGGAACAUACACCGAAAAACAUGGUAGCACAAUUGGAGUAGAUUUUACAAUGAAAACACUCAACAUUGAUGGAAAGCUUGUUAAGGUA